ACUGGAGUAAAUUCAGACCUUAAAUUCUAGAACACUGUUGUUGUUUUGGCUGCAACUCAGCAGAGUGUUUGUCUAACAAGAAAUGCACACCGGAUACACAGAGUAUUGAGAUUUUCAGACGUUUUCUUCAACAGUGUAGUUCGCACGGUAAACGAUUGAAGCUCGCAUUCGUCUCAACGUAUCAACUUCAUAACGCUAUAGGUCGACAACUUGCUUUAUUGGCGCAGAAACGAGCGGCAUCAAGCUACGGAAAAGUUUGAGGACAGCACGCGUAUAAGAAAGCUGCUACGGCCCUCUUAACAUAAAACAUAGCAGGGCUUUUGUAGCAUUAAACAAGUGUGCGAAAGCAAAAACAUGAAAGAACGUUUUACACUGAAAAGUUGCGCCAGUACGCCCAACGGGCGGGCUGAGUAUAGUUUCUGAAAAACGCAAAAUUUGUCGCUUAAUUAUAAACAAAGUUGCAUCAGAUGUUACAGUUACGCAACACGACUGUUCAAUAGUUAAUACUCAAUCUUAAUGCAUUAGUUUAAAUUAGGGUAAAGUAUUUCAAUGAACAACGUGAUCGAAGUACAGUCCACCGCUAUAUUGUCUAACAGGUCACUCACAGGAUAUGCAAAGGAAACAGUGUAAAGUUAGAUCACCAUGAAAUAAGAAUGGAAAUAGGCUUAGUUUCUUAAGCGCCUAAAACUUCUAGCCUCAGCAACUACCAAAGCAGCAAUGAAGCAGCUCAAAUCUUUGCUCCAUAAGUUCGGUACAGCUUUAGUAAGAAAGAAGAGUUUCUCGACUGAAGUCUCAACAGACCAGCUGCGAAGAUGUCUCCGUUUAUUCGACGUUACAGCUUUAUCUCUUGGCGCAAUGCUCGGUGUUGGUAUUUACGUAACUACGGGCACUGUGAUUCACAAUACAAGUGGACCGUCUGUCAUUAUUAGCUACUUGCUUGCAGGAAUAGCAUCUGGACUUUCGGCAGUUUGCUACGCAGAACUCUGUGCCCGAAUUCCGGCCACUGGUUCGGCUUACCAGUUCACUUAUUUUACACUGGGUGAAAUAUGGGGUUUUCUGGUUGGUUGGAACGUCGCAUUUGAACAUGCUGUCGGUGCCGCAUCUGGUGGGAGGGCAUUAGCUGAAGUAAUAGACGAAUUCUCGAACCACACGAUCAGGAAUUACAUGGAAAAACAUGUACCCUUGCCUGGUGGGAUAUUGGCAAGUUAUCCUGACUUUAUUGGAACAGCUUUUAUGAUAUUAUGUGUUGGUUUAGUAGCUUCUGGUAUCAAAUCAUCAUCAACGGGAAAUAUUGUUUUGGGUUCAAUCAACAUUUUCGUGAUAUUGUUUAUAAUAUGCGCCGGACUGCAUUACGCAGACAUACGCAACUGGACCGAAGUAAAAGGUGGAUUUUUUCCUUACGGGUUUUCUGGUGUUCUUAGCGGAACGGCAGUUUUAAUUUUCUCAUACGUUGGCUACGAAGUCGUCGCAUCCACAACUGAAGAAUCUAUUAACCCGGGCAGAGAUGUCCCGCUGGCUCUUCUUAUAUCCCUUUCAAUAAUAACUGUCCUAUACGUGCUUACAUCUAUUGCAAUAACACUGAUGGUUCCGUGGAACAAAAUAUCCGUGACAGCUCCUUUCACGAACGCUUUCCAGCAAAAGGGUUUAAACUGGGCCGUGUACAUCGUGUUUAUUGGACUCGCAACGUCCGUAUUCACGAGCACGAUUGCUAUUUUCAUUGUCGUGCCACGCUAUUUGUUUGCAAUGGCAAGAGAUGGGUUAUUGUGGCCAAUAUUUCAUAAAGUUAACGAAAGGACAAAGGUACCAGUUUUUGGCACUAUUGUUUGUGGGAGUUUGGUCAUUCUGCUUGAUAUAUUCUUCAGCGUUUCUCAGUUGGUGGAAUUUCUUGCGAUCGGACAACUCUUUGCUUGUACUUUCGUGUCCAUAUGUGUGAUUCGGCUACGUUAUGAGCCGUAUGAAAACCAAAGGUUGAGCAAUUUUGAAGAGGAGAAUUUGCUCUUAGAAGGCUUAAAAAACGACCACGAAGCUGGAUUAGUGAAAGAGUCAAUUCUAAUAUCCAAGUUCGGAUCAUAUUUUAAGUGGACUCAAAAAUACCGUCCUGGCCAAGUAGUUUUUUACAGUUUGAUUGUUGCAAUUGCCUUCAUAUCUGGGGAGAUGUUUCUUUUAACGUAUGGGAGUCGUUAUUCAGAAACCUGGUGGUUCAUUAUUAUCUCUAUCAUCUUAGUAACGUGUACUCUGCUAAGCUUGUGUUUUAUUCUCACGUUUGAACAAAACACCCAAGGAAGUGGGUUCAAGGUCCCGUUCGUGCCAUUCAUACCUUUCUUAAGUAUCGUUAUCAAUCUAUGGCUUAUGUUGAAUCUUCAUGUUAUGACCUGGGUGCGGUUCGGUAUAUGGAAUGUACUUGGUCUACUUAUCUACUUUCUGUACAGUUUUUCGCACAGCAAGCAUUCAAGUGCCGUCAUAUCAAAUUAAAGCUGUUUCGGAAAAAGGGCUCACCAAACAUUUUUUCAGGUUUAUUUUUCGAAAAUUUAGAACUGAAUAUAUAUGUAUUUUGACACUUAAGUAGCAACAGAAUAAAUGCAAUAAAUAAAUAGAAGGCUGCCGUUUUACAUAAAUCAAUGAUCGAAAUGUAGAAUUAAUUGGUAUUUUUUGUAACUGAUAAUUUGGUCCAAAU